GUGAGAGGUCGGCGAUCGCACAGUUCGGACACCUCCCUCAGAUUGUCAUCGCCGAGAGGCCUCAGAUCUAACUUUUCCCUUUUCUUUCCAUUCUUCCUUUCUAAAUUCAUCAUUCUCAAGUAGAACGCACAUCAAAGCUGAAGUUUCAACAUUAUCACCAACCCCGCAAUCGCUACCCCUCAUUCACAAAUAAUUGCCAAGAUGUGUUUCGGCGCAACGUGUCCGACUUGCUCAGGAAAGUCUUGGCGUGGCUGCGGCUCGCACAUUCCCGCCGCCCUCGCCGGAGUUCCGGAGAAACAAUGGUGCAGCUGCGAGCCGCGAGUUACGGUGGACGGAAAGGACUACCCUCCAUCGGCGAAGAUGAGCAUCCCCGGCGUAUCUUGGUUGUCUAGCAUGUUCGGGAGCGGAGGUGCUGAACGGGGCAAGAACGGGGCGGAUACAAAGGGCAAGGACGAACUCUGAUUGCUACCCGGCCUGCCCGGCUCUGAGCCAAUCCGAGCAGUCGUUUGAGAGUUUCGGCUAUCAAUGUCAAUCGUCGCUAUCAGAUAUUAUUAAUGAUACCGGAAGCUUUUUCUAGUCUCGGUUCCACUGCGACCUCGCUCCUCACUAAUAUGCCCCUCUCUUAAUCAUGGUGUCGCCCCACUCAUGACAAGUUAUAGAAACUUAUCACUUGAUAACGGCCACUAACCUUCACUCACCUUGAUAUCAAGAGAAGAUGGAGAAACAUCUUAUACCCAUGAUUAAGC